CAUCCUUGGUAGCAAGAACAUUUAUUUUUAAUGGAUUUAUAUAUAUAUAUUUUCUCCAUAAAGGCUGAAUUAGCGUUGUAGUGGCUAUAAAUGAAGGGGUUUCUUUAUCCUCUUUUCACUUUAUUAUUUACUCAUCAGACCUCAGCUCAGAUAGAUAAAAGAGAGAGGCUCUGUUGCCUAGAUGUGAGGCCUUUAAUGAGGAUGCGAGGCCCCAGGGAGCCGAAAUCCGAAGUAGAACGAUGCUGCUUUCGGGUUUCUUGCCAUUUCUUCAAUUGCUUCUCCUCCCUUUUCCAGUGGGCCUAGUGAGCAGGAACUAUCCAAGGUGCUAGAAUGCUGGCGGCUCUGCCGUUCAGCGCAGACGGAUUGCAGAAACAGAGAAGAAAGAUUGCUGCUUAUUUCAGAAGAAUAUAAUCAAAUGAGGCACCUUAGCCAGCCCGGGUGAUUGCUUCGAGUCUUGUAAUCAUCUGUGUAGCAAAGUGGGUAAAAAUUGUUCAAUUUCUUCCCUGCUGGACCUGGAAGGAGAGGGGCUGUGUGUUCAUCCCCACCCAUUAGCUAUGCCCUCUUUUCUCUGAAUGUCGAUUUAAGGAAGCAAGCACCUGUCUUCUGCCACCGCAUCUUCCUAGCAAACUUUAAAGGCCAUUUUAUCUGAUAGGAAGAACAUCAAGAAUGCUUUGAUCUCUAGUGAUGAAGAAUCUGGGAGUGGACACUUCCCAUACAGCUACAAUGCACUUUAAUUGAAGAAAAACUGAGCUGAACUAGAAGUCUAUUUCUUAUGGUGCUGGAUUACUCCUACAGAGCUGCCCUGAGAUCAGCUGCGGGAGAGGGCUCUGGCAGACACAAGUCACCUUCUGAAUAUUGCACUUAGCUGUCCCUGGGGACUUAAAUUUUGGAAGUGUUCCUUGUUACAUGAAAUCCUCCAAGAUGACGAGUUCUAAUCCCGAGGAAGACCCUUUGGACACAUUUCUCCAGUAUAUCGAGGAUAUGGGGAUGAAAGCAUACGAUGGCUUGGUGAUUCAGAACGCAUCAGACAUCGCUCGAGAGAAUGAUCGCUUGAGAAAUGAAACAAACCUGGCCUACUUGAAGGAGAAGAACGAAAAACGCCGAAGACAAGAGGAAGCAAUAAAACGCAUCGGUGGAGACGUGGGGCGAGGCCACGAGGGCAGUUACGUGGGCAAACACUUCCGCAUGGGAUUCAUGACGAUGCCCGCUCCCCAGGACAGGCUCGCGCAUCCUUGCUCCGGCGGCUUCUCCGUCAGGUCGCAGUCGCUGCACUCGGUCGGGGGCACAGACGACGACAGCAGCUGUGGCUCCCGGAGACAGCCACCGCCCAAGCCCAAGCGGGACCCCAGCACCAAGCUGAGCACGUCGUCGGAGACGGUCAACAGCACAGCGGCCAGCAAGAGCGGGAAAGGCGCCGAGCGGACCGAAGUGACAACCAAACCAAGACCCCACAGUGAUGAAUAUUCAAAGAAGAUUCCUCCUCCCAAACCGAAAAGAAACCCAAACACUCAGCUCAGCACAUCCUUUGACGAGACGUAUAUCAAAAAGCACGGGCCCCGGAGGACGUCGCUCCCGCGGGACUCCUCCCUCUCCCAGGUCGGCAGCCCCGCGGGGGACCCCGAGGAGGAGGAGCCCGUGUACAUUGAGAUGGUGGGGAACAUUCUCAGAGACUUCAGGAAAGACGAUGACGACCAGAGUGAGGCCGUCUACGAGGAAAUGAAAUACCCCAUUUUUGACGAUUUAGGCCAAGACUCAAAAUGUGACCUCGACCAUCACAGUUGUUCUUCGCAGUGUGCUACUCCCACGGUGCCUGACUCGGACUUCACCAAGGCCUCAGUGCCAUGUACUCCCAAGGGUUUGCUCUGUGACAUCCCCCCGCCCUUCCCCAACCUGCUUUCGCAUCGCCCCCCGCUGCUGGUGUUCCCCCCGGCUCCUGUGCAGUGCUCCCCCAACUCAGACGAGUCUCCGCUCACCCCGCUGGAGGUCACAAAGCUUCCCGUGCUGGAAAACGUGUCUUACAUGAAGCAGCAGGCCGGGGCAUCUCCAUCCGCCUUGCCGUCCCACGCCUCCGGCCAUCCUAAACUGGAGAAAGACCCGGCCGGAGCCCUGGGACCGGUUCCUGCCGCCUCCGUGCUCUCCUCGUCCCCUCCCCCGCCUUCCACUCUGUACCGAACGCAGUCUCCCCACGGCUACCCCAAAAGUCACUCCGCCUCCCCCUCACCUGUCAGCAUGGGGCGGUCCCUGACCCCGCUCAGCCUCAAAAGGCCGCCGCCCUACGACGCCGUGCAUUCGGGCAGCCUCUCCAGGAGCUCUCCAUCAGUGCCUCAUUCGACCCCCAGACCGGUGUCGCAAGAUGGGAGCAAGAUGGUCAAUGCUUCGGUGAAUACCUACGGGUCGGCUCCGAGCGGCUCCCGGUCCAGAACACCCACGAGUCCUUUGGAAGAACUAACCAGCCUCUUUACCUCGGGACGCAGCCUGCUGAGGAAGUCGUCGUCCAGCGGCCGCCGUUCUAAAGAACCCGCAGAGAAAUCGACAGAGGAGCUGAAAGUCCGAAGCCACAGCACGGAGCCUAUACCAAAGUUGGACAGCAAAGAGAGAGGCCACCAUGGGGCAUCCUCCUCCAGAGAGCCUAUCAAAGCUCAGGAAUGGGAUGGAACACCUGGGCCACCCGUGGUCACAAGCAGAAUGGGAAGAUGCUCUGUGAGCCCCACCUUGUUAGCAGGAAACCACAGCUCAGAACCAAAAGCCAGCUGCAAGCUAGGCCGGUCAGCGUCCACGUCAGGCGUGCCCCCUCCAUCAGUUACUCCUCUCAGGCAAGCCAGUGACCUGCAGCAGAGCCAGGUGGCAUGCAUGCAGUGGUUUCAUGGAGACCAUACAAUGCUUGAGAUGAUUGAGAAAAAGCGUUGCUUGUGCAAGGAAAUAAAAGCUAGACAGAAAACGGAAAAGGGCCUUUGCAAACAGGAUAGCAUGCCUACCCUCCCCAGCUGGAAGAAGAAUGCGGGUGCGAAGUACAGCCCUCCACCCUACGCUAAGCAGCAGACGGUGUUCUGGGACACUGCCAUCUGACCGUGUGCAGGAUGGCGUGAGCUCCACGUUCCUUAACAGGAAGAGGGAGGUCGACUCGGUCAUGUGAUAAGUAACUGUUACACAUUUUCCCUGUCAGAAUGGAAUGCCAGCACUUCCCUGGAAAACCCACGGGAAGCUGUGCCUGUUCGUGGCAAGUUCAAGAUAAAACGUCUAUUUCCUUGCA